AUGGCUGAGAAAAAAGAGAACGUCUCCAAGUUUGAGAUGUUGAAACUUCUGGAGAAGUGCAGGAAAGAGAGAGACGAUGCGGUGCACAGGGAGAGUAUUAUGAGGGAGAAGCUGAGACAGUACGAGUCUAGGAUGAGGUCAACGGAGUUGCUGAAACAGAAAUUCAAGACCAUGACUUCGGAAAACAAGGAGCUGCGCAAGCAUGUCAAGACUCUCCGCCAAGAGAUAGGCCUGGAGGCGAACCCCAAGUUCAACGGCAAAACCACCAAGGACAUCAUCUCUGACAUGCACGAGAAGGAGCGCCAGUGCAGUUUCCUGGUGGAGAAAACGGGUAGACUCAGUUUGACCAUUGAUGAUCUGACAGCAGAGCUGGCAAAUGCUGUCACGUCCAAAACUCUUCUGGAAUAUCAGGUGCAGUCGUUACAGCAGAACCUGAAGGACAUGACGAAUAAUCAACGCCGUUUGUUGAAACUCUGGGAGGAUAAGAGAUCUCAAAGAGAGCAGCUCACUCUCCCUGCGAUAGGCCUGCCCCAGAGGCCCGGAGAGAAACCUGUCUCUCACAAGGGAGUACAAACAGAGAUGUCCAUCGAUUCAGCCCAGAAACUCCCACACAACGCGUUUGAGACCAAACCUUCUCCUUCACCACGAUCACGACACCACAAGACAAGACGACACCAUUCUGUCUACUUCUGA